ACACUGCAGUCAGAUCUAUUGUGAAACAAACAUUAAUACUAUAUUGAACAAACCAUUUAUAUAUUUGUAAAGGCAAUGGUUUGAGCGAAUUAGAGAGGUUCUGUAUACUUUUGCCACGAAUAUGUCAACUUUCAAACCGAGGUGUGGCUGCUCAGUCUUGAACUAACCAAGCGCGUGCGCAAAUGACCGUUAGCUGUCAGUGCGUGAAGGCUCGUCUUCCCGAAGCAGAGAUUGUUCCAGCCAAGUUGGAUCCACAGAAGACUCGGUUCGCUGAAUGGUAACACUGGGUAUAUGAAAUGGCCGAGGAAAUGUUUACUUUUUCACUUUCAUUUGUCGGUUCUACUUAACCCGUUUGUCGGAGUACUGAAGUUAAAGUUUAGUCAGACCAGUCGUGAGUAGACUUUUCAUGUCCUGAACUGGACCGUUCUGGUACCGAAUGUGGCAGUGAUAUGAAAGCGGAUAUUUCGACAUUCUCGUUUCAAGUUAGCCAGAAAGGCUGGUCUUCAUUUCAGUCACCUGCAUCCCCGUGGCUGUGUCACCAUGGGUAACCAGGGGAUGGAGGAGCUCAUCCCUUUAGUCAACAAGUUGCAAGAUGCUUUCAGUGCAAUUGGACAAAUAUGCAAUCUGGACCUCCCUCAAAUCGCUGUUGUUGGGGGACAGAGCGCAGGGAAGAGCUCAGUAUUAGAAAACUUUGUUGGCAGGGACUUCCUGCCCAGAGGUUCAGGCAUUGUUACACGAAGGCCCCUGGUCCUGCAGCUUGUCAAUCACGAUACAGAAUAUGCUGAGUUCCUCCAUUGUAAAGGCAGGAAAAUGACCGACUUUGAAGAGGUACGGAAAGAGAUUGAAUCAGAGACAGAGAGAUUGACAGGAGCUAAUAAGGGCAUCUCACCGGUCCCCAUCAACCUACGGAUUUACUCACCCAACGUGCUGAACCUGACUCUGAUCGAUCUGCCGGGCAUCACCAAGGUGCCAGUGGGAGACCAGCCUCCAGACAUCGAGUAUCAGAUCCGUGACAUGAUCAUGCAGUUCAUCUGCAGGGACAACUGCCUCGUCCUCGCUGUGACUCCUGCCAACAUGGACCUGGCCAGCUCAGACGCUCUCAAGCUGUCCAAAGAUGUGGACCCUCAGGGCCAGCGAACCAUUGGUGUGAUCACCAAACUGGACCUAAUGGGAGGGACGAAUGCCAGGGACAUCCUGGAGAACAGGUUACUACCCCUACGGAGAGGCUACAUAGGGAUAGUGAACCGCAGUCAGAAGGACGUUGAUGGGAAGAAGGAUAUCAAGGUGGCCCUGGCUGCUGAAAGAAUGUUCUUCCUGUCUCACCCUGCGUAUAAACACAUAGCCCACUCCAUGGGCACUGCUUACUUGCAGCAAGUGCUCAACCAGCAACUGACAAAUCACAUCCGGGAAACACUUCCGGCAUUCCGCAGUAAGCUGCAGAGCCAGCUGCUGGUACUAGACAAGGAGGCAGAGGAAUAUCGUCAGUACCAGCCAGAUGACCCCUCACGCAAAACCAAAUUACUGCUACAACUGGUUCAGUACUUUGGGGUGGACUUUGAGAAGAAGAUUGAAGGCUCCGGUGAUCAGGUGGACACGGUGGAGUUAUCAGGAGGAGCCAAAAUCAACCGCAUCUUCCAUGAGCGAUUUCCUUUUGACCUGGUCAAGAUGGAGCUGGAUGAGAGGGAGCUGCGGCGAGAGAUCAGCUACGCCAUUAAGAACAUCCAUGGCAUCAGGACAGGCCUGUUCACUCCAGACUUGGCGUUUGAGGCCAUGGUGAAGAAGCAGAUAAUCAAGCUCAGAGGGCCUUGCCUCAAGUGUGUGGAUAUGGUGACCGAGGAGCUCAUUAGGACAGUGCACCAGUGCACUAGAAAGUUGGCUAGCUAUCCUAAACUGCAGGAGGAAACAGAGAGGAUUGUGGCCACUCACAUUCGGGACCAAGAGAGUCGUUCCAAGGACCAGGUUUUGCUGCUUAUUGAGAUCCAACUCUCCUACAUAAACACAAACCACGAAGACUUCAUCGGGUUCACUAAUGCUCAACAGAGAACCAGUCAGCCAAGUAAAAAGAUUGCUGCAGGAAAUCAGGGUGCCGUUUACUUACUUCACCGUCAAAUUGUACGGGUCCAGUUUUUGUAAGCCUUAUUGCUGUCUCCAUCCUUUUUUUCUCUGUGUGAAUGUGGGAAUGUAUUUUUGUGAGAGAGAAAGAGAAAUGCUAACAAGACCACCAUCACCUUUUCACCAUCAGCAUGAGAAACGGCGCACACAAAAUCACUCUCAAGGACACAACUGGCAUCUGACUUUCUCCCUUGUCCAAUAUUCUUGUUAACUUCAAAUUAAUUCUGAGGAGGUCCAUCGCAAGAAUUCAGAUG